CCACGGCGAUGGAGCCCGCCGCCGCCGACCUCCUCGCCGCUCUCUCCUCCCCCGGCUCCGGCGCCGGACUUCACGCCCGCAUCUCCGCCUACCUCCAGCCCUUCUCCCCGUACCUGAUCACCGCGAGCCCUAACAACCCCAGGCCACCGCCCAAGAGGACGACGAAGAAGCCCACCCCCGACGCGGCCGCCGUCCGCCCCCUCGCGAAGCGGUUCCUCCCGUUCCUCUCGCGCGCGCUCCAGCUCCUACGAUCGAACUCUAGAUCGGCCGCCGACGAUCUGCUCGAGAUCUACGGCCUCGUCCUCGACUGCCUGGCCGCCAUCUCCGCGUGCCUCGCCGGGAAGCCCUACUCCGUGCUGCUCCAGCGCCGCCACUUCCUGCGCUGCCUCGAGUCCCGCGGCCACUACGCGCGCGCCGAGGCGGAGGCCGCCGCCACCCUAGACGCCCUCCGCCGCGCGCUCUCGCCGACGGCCGCCCUUGGGCCCGCGUCCCACCUCCCCGAGCCGCCCGCAGGCGCCGCAAUGGAGGAGGACCCUGAAGAAAUCACCGCACUCGCGGUCGACCUCACCGUGUGCCUUGCGAAUUGCGCCAGAAAGGGCAAGGUGAAGGAAGCCGCGCCGUAUCAACGCCUCCUCCUCCUCGUUCACCAGCUCCGCCCAUGGCUCCGGAUUCUGACCGAGGAGUCCAGCGCGAAUUAUCUCACUCUGCUUGUGGAUGCGCUCAGCCACUGUGCUGUUUUCCUGGCUGCCAGUGCCAAGUCUCGGUAUUUCGAUGAAAAGCUAGUGCACAAAUUCUGUGCUGCAACAUUAGAGGAGUGUGAGAAGCCAGAAAUGAUCCAACACUUGCCCGAGGUUGCACACAUGAUCUGUUCUAAUGUAGAUUUGAGUUGGGGAGGGAGCACGCAUCUUUUGCUUGGUGUGUUGAAGACUGUUGUUUCACAUAUCAAGGAUGACUCACCGAAAGCUGUAAACGAGUUACUGGAAUUUGUAGCGUAUUUUUUUCGGAGCUUUCUAUCUUCAAAUAGGAAUGUACAUUCUGAUGCUUCAGAACUACUUUUACAAGGUGUACAUGCUGGUGCUUCAGAAUUACUUUUACAAGGUGGUUAUUUUCCCGAGAUUUCCGUGCCCAUCGCCUCAGUUCUUCAUCUCUAUGCUACCGCAUUACACUUCAGUACACAGCAAAUAGAAAGCGAAGAUCACCUGACUAUGACGGUGAAUUUUCUCAAGAAUGAAAAGAAUCUACAAACUUUGAACACUGCACUUGACAAACUAGCAAGGAUUUUCUGUGUCAACAAUGGCAAAUCCAAUCAACGUGAUAGUUUGGGGAAGCAUGCAAAUCGUCCAACAGACGCUGGACAUCCCAAUAAGAAACACACUUAUAGUUAUUCUCAGUCACAUGAGCAUAUUUAUUUUGUGGCGUAUCUUGAUUCUUUGGAGUUUCUUUGCAAGAUACUAUUAUUGCAGCAUACAAAUGUAGUUUGGGAGAACUUCUGUAAAGGAAAAACAAUUCCCAAUUUGGGAAACAUGACUUGUGUCUUAAUGGCACUGGACCAAUUCAUUGAUUCCAGCUUUGUUGCUUAUAGUUGUACCAAAAGGUCUAAAGAAGAGAAGGAGAGAUUGGAUAAACAACGUGUAACAUUACUGAAAACCCUGGUUUCAGCGGUCAAAAUUUCCUUUGUGACCAACGAGGCUAUCCAGAAGAGCCUGUCUUCUAUCAAUUGUGCCAUUUCAAGUACAUGGAUAAAGAUUGAUGAGCUCAUUUCUUUAACCACUUCUAUGUCGAACAUUGGUGUGGCACUUUAUAAUAUUGGACAUCUUGAAGAGGCACCAAAGGCAUUAGAACUAUGCUGCCAAACAACAUGGGCAUACGCCAGACUUUCUAGCUGUAGACUAUCAGCAAUAACGGAAGGUCACAUCAUUACUGAGGAUCUACCAAAGGAUAUCAUUGCAGGUGUAUUUGCAAGGAUAGCAAAUGUGACUAAGGUUCUCCAUAGAUGUGGAUCAAAAGCGAUACCUGGUAUUGUUGUGAAGAGCCUGUCCGAAUCGCUUGUUUAUAGUGACACAUCUGAUUAUCAUAAAAGCUAUUUGGUUCUGAUCAAGUUAUGGGUGGAGAUAACGCUUAAAGAUCUUAAAGAUGGCCAAUGUGUGGAUAGCGCUCCUCUUUUGUAUCACUCUCUUAUGGGAUGCUUGCCUCCCUUGCCAAUGAAGUUCAUAGGCUUAAUCGUAGAGCAGGAAUUAUUAGCAUAUGGAGCAACGGAAUCCCGUGUGACCAUGCUCUGUGCAAACAUGCAAAAUAGAAUAAUAGAUGUUCUUUUGAAUGAAAUAUAUUGUUCAAAAGAAUAUUAUCUGGACAGAUCAAAGGUUUUAGUUAGGAAGGCACAUAUACUCCGUGCAUCUGGGGUGCAAAACAUAAGCAGCUGCCUUGAGUCCUUGUCUGAAGCCAUAUCUUUACUGCGAGGCGUCUUACUAAAUUCAUCUCGAGGCAAUACAAUUGUGAUCCAUGAAUUGGCUAUUGCAUAUUGCCUGCAUGCACAUUGUGCCCAGGAAGCCAAUCAUGGCGGCAAGGUAAUCUUUGAUAGUGCUAGGAGUGUUGUUGGCUUGUGGUCAAAGAUGGGUACUUUGCAUCAUUGUUUUCCUGGUGUGAUCUUUCAGCAGCAAUCAGAAACUCUUGUACCACUUCUUUGUUCCCUGGUUGAUUUGUUGGCGAUGAAGGGCUGCUUUGAGCUUCAGUUUGAGCUAUGCAAGCUUAUCAUAAUGAUAUGGAAGCAAGAAAACUUACCCCUAGAAAAGUUAUUCUCCAUGUUAUUUAUCAGCGGGCGCCUUAAUCAUGCAUGCUGUCAUCUCCCAAUGGACCAGAAAUUUGUUUCUUAUGUGGCACAGCAUCUUGGUGUUGAUUGCCACAAUACAAUAUUUUGGAGAAACUGUUUCAAAGAAGAUUAUCCUUCUCUUACUAUGUUUCUUCAGCGGUUGUGGCCUGUUGAAUUCUUUUCUCAAUUAUGUGAACACUCCUUUGGAAAUCUGUUUGGUUUCAAUGCUAGUGUUGAUGAGAUUGAUAAAGUUGCAUCAUCUCUGGUUUCUGAAGGUCCUUUGAGUAAUCAAUCAACCCAUCUAGCUGGCUGCAUGUACUAUGAUUUGUCAGAAAGACUUCUGUCAAGAGGACAAGUUCUCCAGGCCAUUUCAUAUGGAAGAGAAGCCCUCCAAUUGCGCAAGAAGCUCCUAAAAAAGAAGUUCAAAUUUAAUUUGGGCAAGUUUGUAAGUGGGGAAAGCCAAUGUUCUGGUGGGCAAGGCUUUAUUUCACUUGAAGCAUGGGGACCAACGAUGGCUGAAAUCUGGCCAGACUGCACCAGGCCAAGCAGCAUGAGAGAUACUUUCCUUACCCCAUGGAAUGUACUUAGAUGUUAUCUUGAGAGCAUAUUACAGGUUGCUGUGAUGCAUGAAUUGGUUGGCGAUGGUGCCGAAGCAGAAGUUUUAUUACGGACAGGAAAGGAGAUAUCAUGUUUCCAAGGAUUACCAAUUUUUGCUGUUGUCUUUACAUCAGUGUUAGGUAAACUAUACCACAAGAGACAACUAUGGGAUGCCGCUGAGGGUGAACUUAAAUAUGCUAAGGACCUCCUUGCAGAAAAUGAUGAAUUCAUUUCAUGCAAGACAUGCAAGUUGACUCUGCAGAUAUCAGUUGAUGUGCAAGCUGGAGAUUUGUUUUGGAAUCUCUUUGAGAAAGACUUGCAGAAGCAGUCAACAGACAAUUUGUCUAGUGCUUUAGGCAUGUACCAAUCUGCCGUGGAGAAAUUGAAUAACUCUGGUUCUGCUGGCUCCUGUGAUAAACUUAAUACUAGUUGUAUGUUAUGCAUCAAAGAUUCUAUUGCAGAAACCAAGCGUGGAGCUUGUGAUCAUGGGAAAGAACCCUUAGCAGCCAAGGAUGGAGUGUUACCUACAUGUACUCCUUGUUUGUUGUUCAGUCAGGUACCUGUUGACCAGUACGAUGUACUCAUGGCAUUAAAAUCUGAAGAAAACUUGAAGAGUGCCGAAAUUGCUCCACCAUUGGAUGUUAAAGUUAAGAGAGCAUCUAGAACUUCGUUACGUUUAGCUAAAGAACAGAAUGUGUCAGCUCAUGCAAAGACUAGAACAACCCGAUCUAGUAAGCGAACUGCUCAUGUGAAAAGUGAAAAAGACUUGGCUGAACUGAAUAGCAAAAAUGAGAUAUAUUGGAACAACGAAUUGUCCACAGGUGGUUUGGUCUGUGGGAAGCUAAACCGUUCUCUUCAUGGUGUUGACCGCAACAGAGAUGGCAUAUGCAAUAUGUUUGGAUGUUGGAGCUGCCUUUUUGUUAAUUCACUCAAUUUUGAGUGCAUUGCGAAUAUACUGCAGUUCAGAGAAGACUGCAUUCGCCGACGCCAUCUUGUGUCGCUUCUGUUAAAAACAGCAAGAACCUUGGGAGCUCAGGGUGGAAAACAUAGAGCUCAUGAAGUUCAUAGUAUCUACUGGCAGUGCAUAUCAUUGUUGUAUUUCAGAUCUCUUCCUCAAGGUUAUUAUAGAACAUAUGGACCUUAUUUAAUUGAACUGAUCAUGAAUCAAAAUACUGGUGAUUUUCUUUCUUUAGAGCGUGCAGAAAUACUAUGUAGUAUGAGUUCCUUUUUGCUGAAGGGUUUCCUUUCAGAACAGUCAAGGGAUGGUUGCUGCAGCUUCUGUAGUGUACAAAUGUCUGAUGUUGUUUCAUGGUUGCUAAAAGCUUUUGUGCUAUCCAGAGAGAGUCCUUCACUUCUCCAGGAGGUUUGCAGGCUACUUACAUGCAUAUUCUUACUAUCAGCGAUAGAUUCCACGGUCCGAUUACCUUUGUAUUUCAAGGGAUCUCUCUCUUUGAAUCAUUGGGCCGCAUACUUUCACCAAAAUUCUGUUGGAACUUAUCUCAAUUUCCAUUACCUUGCAAGCUUACAAGCAUUGCCCAGAAAAACAGAAACAAAGGGUGUCACUGGAGAUUUCGCAGACAAAACAGAUGAGGUUCCAAAGUUUCUAAGGUUUUCAUCGGCAGACAUGGAACAUCUUGAAAAGCAUGUAAUUGAAUUCUUCCAUGAACUUCCUGAUGUACCAACUGUGUGCAUUAGUAUGCUUGGAGGUGAUAUUGUGAAUCUUUUUGGGGAAACACUUUUUCUCCCUUCCCCUUUUCCUGCUUGGAUGUUGAUCUCAAGGUUUGAUUCAACAAACAAGCCUACCACGAUGCUUCUACCAGUGGAUCCUAUUUCGAAAGAAGCAGAGAAUGGGGACUCUUCUAUCAAAGAACUGGAUAAUCCAACUAGAACAUCAGAUAAGAAAUGGAAGUGCCCUUGGAGCUACACUAUAAUAGACUAUGUAGCUCCAACUUUCAAAAAACUACUUGAGGAUAACUUUAGAUCCCUCUCUGGUGCGACCCACAUUCCAAAGGAUGGACAAGCAAACGCCAUAAGGUGGUGGACAGAUAGAAUGAAGCUCAAUGAUGACCUUAAUGAGAUAUUGGAAAACAUUGAAGAAUUGUGGCUAGGACCCUGGAAAUGCCUUCUCCUGGGCCACCAAUUAGCUGACCAACAUAGCGAGGCUGUGCUGGAAAAUCUAAUCACUGGUCUGCAGUCAGAAUUUAAACUUGAAGUAGAUCCAGCACUCAUGAAGGUCAUCCUUGGUGGGGUUGCAUCAGUGGAUGAAUUGAAAGAAUGUGUUUCUCAACUUAUAUCAUAUAGAAGUUUCUUUGGCAAGGGAGGGUGUUGCGGAAGAGAUAGACUUAGAGCCAUCUCUUGCCAGACUGAUGCUGAAGCUCUGGUGACCCUCGAGCAUUUAUGCAAUGGUAUAGUGGAUGAGCUAUCUGAGCCAGUUGAUAGAAAUCCGGUCAUUUUAGUCCUGGAUAGUGAUGUGCAGAUGCUUCCUUGGGAGAACUUGCCUGCUUUAAGGAAUCAAGAAAUAUACCGCAUGCCAUCAAUGAGAAGCAUCUUUCUAGCAUUGACUAGAAGCACUAAUCAUCACAAAGAUGCCAGUGCCAUGGCCCCUCCUUUUCCUGUUAUUGACCCUUUUGAUGCAUUCUAUCUGUUGAAUCCUAGUGGUGAUUUGAUCAGAACACAAGAAGAAUUUUAUCAGUUGUUUAGAAACUAUGAGUGGAAGGGAAAUGCUGGGGAUGCUCCAACAGCUGAAGAGCUCGUCUUGGCCCUGAGGAAUCAUGAUCUUUUUCUCUACUUUGGACAUGGAAGUGGAAGUCAGUAUGUCUCUGGAAAGGAAAUUGAGAAGUUAGAUAACUGCGCAGCUGCUCUCCUUAUGGGUUGCAGUAGUGGGACACUUCAUUGCAAAGGAGCUUAUGCUCCUCAAGGGGCACCUUUAUCUUAUUUAUUUGCUGGUUCUCCUUCCGUCAUUGCAAAUCUCUGGGACGUCUCGGAUAAAGAUAUCGAUCGAUUUAGUAAAGCAUUGCUCAAUUCAUGGUUGCAAGAAAAUUUUAAGGCCGCCAAGAAUUGCCCUAAAUGUUGCCGCCCACUAACACAAGAAUUUGAGUCCAUGACCGUUGCUGCAAAGGAUGAUGAUAGGCCAAGACGAAAAGGUACACGACGAGGUAAGAAGCAGCAGCAGAGAGCAGAGAUAAAUGGCAGUAGUAAUUGCUGCAAUUGCAGGCACAGGCGAAUAGCUUCGCAUAUAAGUGAAGCUAGGCGUGCUUGCAGGCUUCCGCUUAUGAUCGGCGCAUCUCCUGUUUAUUACGGUGUGCCUACUAUCAUCGGGAAGAAGUAAUGGUAUGCGCUUUAAUGGGAGAUGAUUGCUGAUUGGCUGCUGCAGCUGUGGGCCUUGAGCCAUCGAUUCCGAUUCCAGCUGCACGGCACCGACGGAAAGUGCCACGAUAGGCAUGGCAUUUCACAGGCUCAAAUGUGUUCAUUACAUGUUUAUGCUGUUGUUUGUCUUAGCGCAGCAAAUGAAGAAGAAACAAGAUGAUGCCCUGGAUCCGUUGUACUAGAGGAGAGGACAGGCCGUCCAUUCUGGUGUGAUUCAGUGCACCAAAGGUACAUAAUACGAGUAAAGAGGUCACAGGGCGUUUUUUUCA